AUGGACGGCCAACCGCCCAAGAAGAAGUCGCGCUUCUUCUCAGAUGGCAAAGAGCUCUUCAACUCUCUCAUACACCACGGCAAAACCCACAACAAGAAACCGAGCAAAAAGAACAAUAACAGCCAUCAAGCCAGUCACGGACUCACACCGAUUGACUUGACUGCUGCGACCCGUCACAAUGCCACGACCAAUGGCACACAGGAAGAGACCCGUAUCACACCGACUGCGACAGCCUUCCAAGGAUUGACUUUCGAUGAGAAGGACUCACGGCGACAGGGAGUCUACGGCACGGAGGACUUGCUUGAGCAGGCUAAACAGCGACAGGUUCAGGCUGCCGGACAGGAGAAUGCAGUCGCAAGGCAGAUUGCUUCACCGCUGCCAUGGCAAACUACAGCUACUCCGGCUCAAGCCUCUCUUCAAGAUUCUCGAUCAUUCAAUGCUAGUGUUCAAGCAGCUGGGCAGUCCUCAUUCACUUUUCGUGCACCACUCCAGCCUGCGCCACAGUAUCAGCAAUCUGAUCAAGCAUCUCGGCCUCGAAUCUUCAAUCUAACACCUGCUGAUCCUAGAAAUGGCCUCGUCCGUACACCCAGUCUCUCCGAUCUUCAAGUCCGCAAGCUUCGGAGCAGUGCACUUCCUCCCAUUCCUCAGAGUCCAGCCACGCCCAAUUUCCCUGGUCCGAUCGGAAAGCCGCCAGCCUCAUCUCAGGAGGUCGCAAAGCAAUCGCUUCCACAACCACCUCACCCCUCCCUUAUUGACACCGACCGAGACGCUCACGGCCGCCGCGUGCCCUCCUUCACUUCCAAAGCCACACUCACCAAACCUCCGACCAGCACAACAACGCCACCCGCCACUCCUCGCCUCCGACCUGCCACACCACGCCUCCCCUCCAUUCCCGAGAACGCCCUAACAUCACCCAAUCGCCUUCGCCGCGCCGCCAGCUACGCCAAAUCCCUCAAGCGUAAACGCGGUCCAGACUCGAUCACCAUGCCCGCUCCGGCCUACAUCUACGUCCGCACCAACAACCCCGACUUCACUGUCUUCCAAGGCUUCCUGCUCUAUCCUGAGUUGUGCUUCCAACUUGCUGCGACUCUACCGCUGGAGGAUCUGGUGAGCUUGUACGCUAUCAGUCGGGAUUUUCAUACAAUUAUCGACACACGGUUUACUACUGUAGUGUUGUCACAAGCGUUGAGACAGGCGCCAGAUUCCGCGAGGAUCUUCCCGUUCAGGAGCUACGCGUCUCUUUGCCGGAAGGAUCCUGCUGCGAGAAUCCCACAUCCGGAUCCAGUCAAGGCCGCGGCGGGUGUGACGCGGUAUGUGCCAAGUUUCCGCUGGUUGCGGAUGGUGCUGUAUCGCGAAACAGCUGUCAAGGAAAUCAUGGAGUUGUUCCGAGCUCGAGGCAUCCCGCUGCCGAGGCGGUGUGAAAUUGUGUUGAAGAAGAUCUGGUUUCUGAUGGAUAUUCCGGAUAAUGCGAGGCGAAUUGGAUAUGUGCAUAAUGUGGUAUUGUUAAAUGAGUUGGAUCUGUACUUCGGGUGCUGCUUCUUUGUGAAGCUGGAUAUGCUCUUCACCAAUCCACUUGCUCGGGAGCGUCGUGUGGAAGGACGGCGGAUCGUCAUGUCCUGGGAGACUGGACUGAGCAUGCUUCUAAAAGUGCUGAAGGGUGAGGCGAUGAGUACGAGGUUCGAGAUGAUGAAGGCAUGGGUGGAGUGGAAGUAUGAGCCAGGGCCCGGAGAAGAGCCCGAAGUUGAUAGCGAAAACUCCUGGGAGGUUCACACCAUCGCUAAUCAGUCGGGUGCGGGCGCUGUUGAUGCCAUCAAUGGAAAGGAGAGACUAUUCGGAGUUCCGCAGCGCAACUGGGGUCGCAUGCGUAGGGAAUUCUGGGGUCGUAAGGUCAGCACUACUCAAACCCUCACGGACAGCAAUGGCAAAUCGAUCAAGACGUUGGUGCCGGUCAAGGACCUCCCGAUUUUGCUAAGGCCGGACCAGCUGUUUCCGAGGGAGGCAGUCAGAAGAGGAUUGCAUUUUGGAGGGCAUUAUAUCCGGUUCAUGCUGUAUGGGUAUGUGCAUCCUGGGACGAUGGAGGAUCUUGGUGACCCGAGGAUGACGAGUGAGAGUGACCUCGAAGACGAAGACAUGGUGGAGCUAGGGGGAGGGAUUGGUGCCUUGGAUCUGCGUGGAGGAAAUCGGAACAGAGGCGUGGUGAUGGAUGACGUGGGAGCGGGAGAGACGGCGGGAAGGCUCGAUGAGGCAAGACUGCUAGGUAGCUUGUAUGCUGCCAGCGAAGCCGAGAGAAGGGGUCUGCGCGACUUCUCAUGA